AUGAUUUGGAACAACACCACUAUGGAUGGGGAAGGGUUGCUUGUGAAAAGAGAUUCCUGCUUCCGAAUCCUCACCGGCUGCUUCCUCUCCUUGCUGAUCCUUUCCACACUCCUAGGCAACACCCUGGUCUGCGCAGCUGUCAUUAGGUUUCGCCACCUGAGGUCCAAGGUGACCAACUUCUUUGUGAUCUCUUUGGCAGUCUCAGACCUUUUAGUUGCUGUGUUGGUCAUGCCCUGGAAAGCUGUGGCUGAGAUAGCUGGAUUCUGGCCUUUUGGAUCAUUCUGUAACAUCUGGGUGGCAUUUGACAUCAUGUGCUCCACCGCCUCCAUCUUAAAUUUGUGUGUCAUUAGUGUGGACAGAUAUUGGGCCAUCUCCAGUCCAUUUAGGUAUGAGAGGAAAAUGACCCCCAGGGCAGCCUUUGUCAUGAUCAGUGUGGCGUGGACCUUGUCUGUGUUGAUUUCCUUCAUCCCUGUGCAACUGAACUGGCACAAAGCUAAAACCACAAGUUUUUUAGACUUAAAUGCCAGUUUCCAGGGUGUGGCCAUGGACAACUGUGAUUCCAGUUUAAACAGGAUGUAUGCCAUCUCUUCCUCUCUUAUUAGUUUUUACAUCCCAGUGGCCAUCAUGAUAGUCACCUAUACAAGGAUCUAUAGGAUUGCUCAAAAGCAAAUACGACGUAUAUCAGCCUUGGAACGAGCAGCUGUGCAUGCUAAGAACUGCCAAACCACUGCUGGCAACAGGAACAGUAUGGAUGGCCAGCAGCCAGAAAGCUCCUUCAAAAUGUCCUUCAAGAGAGAGACUAAAGUAUUAAAGACUUUGUCAGUGAUCAUGGGAGUGUUUGUAUGUUGUUGGCUGCCAUUCUUCAUCCUGAACUGCAUGGUGCCCUUUUGUGAGCCCAGUAUCUCCUCCCAGGGAGCAGAGCCAUUUUGUAUAAGUUCUGCCACUUUUGAUGUUUUUGUUUGGUUUGGAUGGGCCAAUUCUUCCUUGAACCCAAUCAUUUAUGCCUUCAAUGCAGAUUUCCGCAAGGCGUUUUCCACUCUUCUGGGCUGCUAUAGACUCUGUCCUGUUUCCAUUAAUGCGAUAGAGACGGUUAGUAUCAAUAAUAAUGGGGGAAUGGCUUUUUCCAGUCAGCUUGAGCCAAGAGGGUCCAGCCCCAAAGAGUGCAAUUUCGUCUAUCUGAUCCCCCAUUCGGUUCUCUGUCCAGAAGAAGAGGACAUGAUGAAAAAAGAAGAGGAGGGGGUACUCUCUAAAACCUUGGAGAAAAUUUCUCCAACCCUAUCAGGUAUUUUGGAUUUUGAGGCUGAUGUGUCUUUGGAAAAGAUCAAUCCAAUCACGCAAAACGGUCAGCAUAAAACCUGA